CGUUGUUCGAUAAACAAAAUAAAAUUUAGUGAUUUAUAUUUAAUAAUAAAGCAUUAUUUUUAUGUCAAUGUUUUCAAAAAAAGACAUAAUAUGAAUAAAAUUUAACCUUUAAAUGUAUAGACUGAUUCAUAUUUUAACAACCGGAAAUGCAUUCGAGGUCGGGAAUUCUCUUGAUUUCAUUUGAGAAGCUUUUUUUUUUUAAACAAAAAAAAUGUUUCUCCUUGUAAUUAAAAUUAUAAUAUUUCUUUAAGUUUUGACAAAUAUGUUUUCGAGGGUCAUUUUAUACUAUAUUUGGAGAUACUUUUGGAAAUGUUUGAAGGGAAUACCGUUGUUGCGUCAUUAGGGGGCGUGUCUCCACUGCUCAGCUGGUGAAUCCUGAGCGUUUACUCAGAAGAGGGACACGUUCAUGUUCACGUCCAGCAAAUGUCAACUUUCCAGAAAGAAAAUGAUGCCGCCAAAUCUCUUUUCAGGAGGCUGGAGGUUUCUUUCAGUGUUUUAGAAUAGCAUAUUUAGUCUCUCAGUAGUGGAUAACAGCAGAUUUCUCCCGUUUUGAUCCCCUUAGAGUGAUUUAAAGUAAAAUAUUCAAUCAGAUAUUGGUGGAUUAGAGUGAAUUUCCCCUUUUCCCUUGUGAUUCAUUACAGUUUUGAUCCUGUUCGUGCUAUUUAUUAUGAAUAGAACCGUCUUAUGCUGCACAAACUGUCUUUUUUACGCAUGAGAGAGCUGUGAUUAACAGAUGUAUUAUUCUGUAACCCAGCCAAAACCGGGGGUUAUCCUGCAUCAGCCUGCCACAGUUUUGCAGAUCAAGCCAAGCCAAGAAAUUGCUAAUAGAUGUUUUUACCCCUUCAGUGAACCCUUUUAGAAAAUUAUUGACAUAAAAAACCAAAAACAAAGGCAUGCUGGCAUCAUGCAGGUCCUUUCUCAGGUCUAACCUGCUUCAGCUGAGCUGCAAAGGCUUUGUCUGCAUCGCUGUUUCUUAAGCCUUGCUGCACCUGAUCCAGUUAAAGUGUUAACGGGGAAAAGAUUAGGGGCAGGAGUCCUAAAGAGCAGCCUGCUUUCAACCUCUCCAAACACCAAACGCACGAGAUUCCAGAUUAAUAAUAAUAAUACUAAUAAUACUAAUACUAAUAAUAAUAAUAAUAAUAAUAAUAAUAAUAAUAAUAAUAAUAAUAAUAAUAAUAAUAAUAAUAAUAAUAUGGAUUUGGUGCUUUUCCUUGUCUGCACACCGCGGUGACCCACAUCCCCACCCCUGUCUUUACGCGCGUGCUUCUCCCGGUAGUCCGCAGUCACUCCCAUCGUGUCAGGGGAGUACAGUCACCGGGACCGAGCGGCGAUGGCAUCCCGGGUCUCCUUCACCCCGGUGCGGCUGGAGACGGAGCUGGAGCGCUACAGGGCUGAAUGUCAGUGGGGGAAACUCCUGGCGAUGGUGGAACAGAUGCAGGGCGCGCGGAUCCACGAGGACGAUGACUAUGGGACAUUGUUGAUGGCUGAAGCCCUGCUGGAGGAGUGCCUGCUGGAAAACAUGGAUCUGUUAAGAAAGUCCACACCUCUGGUGGAGAACACUCAACCCAGACUGUCCAAAGCCAAAGGCUACCUCAACGCCGUCCUGAGCCGCGGCCGUCUCACCCCCAGAUACUUGAACGAGGCGCUGCUGCUGAUGGCAAAAGUGCACUACGCGCAGGGUCGCUAUCGGGACGCUCAGGGCAUGUGCGCCCGGGUGGGCCUCGAAGAGCUGACCCAGGACGACCAGCCCACCUACCACCUCCGCCUACUGGCCGAGGCCUUCGUCAUCAAAGGUCUGUCUCUGGACCAUCAGACCCUGUCUUCUGUGUCCCGUGUCCGCCUCUCAGAGCGAGAAGAGGAGAGUCUGUCGUGUUUCCUGCGGGCCGGAGACGCAGCUCUGUCCUACCUGCAGGAGCUGGAUAAGACAGUAACAACGCCUCACGCCAAGACCAUCAAAGGCAGUCUGCACCCUUUACAUAUUGACUUUGACCUUGGUUACUUCUUGCAGGCGGCUCUACAGAGUGCAUAUCUUUGUCUGCUGCAGAGGGGUCACCUGGCGCAGGGCGUCCAUCAGCUGCGGAGGGUGCUGAGGGUGGUGGAGUCACGAGGGUCCCAGAGCUUCAGGAAGGCUGCAGCUAGAAAGCUGGCUGAGGUGCUGCUGAGCUCUGUGGGGGAGGACAGCUACUGGCCCCCACUGGGCCCGCCACCCCCAGUCUGGCUUCAGAGGGAGGGUGCCGCCGCGUCUAAAGAUGCCAUGUACCCCACCGUCAGACCGCCCCAGCGCUACAGCACCGACAGUUGCUUCUGUCCGCAGGACGUGGUGGAAGAGGCUGUGCUGCUGCUGCUCAUCACAGAGUCCAUGACCAGCGGAGAAGGAGUGAUCAGCCGCCUGCCGGACCAGGCCGAGGCCCGCCAGGCCAGCCUGCAGGAUGCCACCUCCGUGUACGACCUGCUCAGCAUCGGCAUGGCCAGGAGGGGGCAGUAUGCCAUGCUGUCUGAGUGUCUGGAGCGAGCCAUGAAAUUUUCAUUCACCGAGUUUCACCUCUGGCACCAGCUGGGCCUGUCACUCAUGGCGGCGGGAAAGUGGGUCGGUGCCGUGUCUGUGUUCAAAGAAUGUGCCAGGAUGAGACCCGAGGACCCUUCGCUGCCUCUGCUGGCUGCUAAAGUCUGCAUCGAUCAGCUGCACUGGUUCAAGGAGGCUGAGACUCUGUCCCAGAGGGUGGUGUCCAUGGGGGAGGAAGCGGGGGAAUUUCUGCCCCGAGCUUAUCUGGCCCUGGGACUUUGCUUCAGUCUUCAGGCCUCUGAGGCUUCCCUCAAAGAGGACAGGAAUGACUUCAACAAGAAGGCCCUGAAAGCUUUAAAUAAAGCACAUUCACUAGACCCUCAGGAUGCAAAGAUUUCUAUGUAUCUGGCUCUACAGCUGGCCAUUGUUCGGCAGGUGUCAGCAGCCAUGGAGCCCCUGCAGGCAGCGUUAUCACUCCAUGGGGAUGACUUACACUCCCUCCACCUGUUGACCCUGCUGUUGAGCGCCCAGAAGCAUCACUGUCACGCUCUGGAAACCCUCAACCUGGCUCUCAGCCAGCACCCCAGCAACCUCAAUUUGCUCCUGACGAAGGUGAAGCUGGAGGAGGCCAUGUUUGGCCCCGCUGCAGCGCUGCAGACCUGUGAGGAGAUGCUGCAAUGCUGGCUGAGCCAUCACGACAUCAGCCGCUCCAGCGAGACGGAUGACAGCAGCAGCCUCCCCAUGGCUGACAGGACGGAGAUCAGCCCCGGAGGCCGGAAGCUCUCCAUCCACCUCAACCUGCCGGACUUCCACGACGGAUCCACGGGCUCCCACAGCUCCCCGUCCGUCGCGGUGUCCCGUCUGGAAGCGGCGCUGUCCGAGGUGUCCGACAUGAGCUCCACCCGCCGCCAUGGACCUCCCCACAUCUGGAUCACCCUGGAGCGCGUCUGGCUGCAGGCCGGUGAGCUGUUCAUGGCGGAUUGUCGGCUCAAGGAGGCCCAGUACUGCAUAGCUGAGGCGGCGUCCCUUUUCCCCAACUCUCACUCCGUGCUGCUGCAGCGAGGUCGCCUGGCCGAGCUCCGAGGGCAACCGGACGAAGCCAAAGGUCUCUAUGACGAGGCCCUGGCCAUCCAUCCGACGGGGGAGCGCAUACUGGUCCACAUGGGUCACCUGCUGGUGAGAACGGGGCGCGCCCACCUGGCUGAGAAGGUGCUGCGGGACGCGGUUCAGUUCCACAGCACGUCCCACGAGGCGUGGAGCGGCCUGGGCGAGGCUCUGCAGGCUCUGGGAUCCAGCCAGGCUCCAGACUGCUUCCUGACAGCCCUGGAGCUGGAGGCCUCCUGCCCCAUCCGGCCCUUCACCAUCAUCCCCAGAGAGCUCUGAGGGGGCUGGGAAAAGACCAGAUGAGACUCGGACUUUUGGCUGAGAAGCAGCCUUUUGGUUUGACACUCCUCUAAGUCCUGGCAUUGAUUCUGUCUUAAAUCGGGAUUUCUUGUAUUUACUUACUUUGUAAUAGGUUUCUUUGUGUUUUUGCAAAGUAUUAUUUUCAUGAAAUAGUGAAAACGCUGUUUCUGUAAAAACAGUAUUUUUUCUCUGUGUGAUCAUUGGGUUGGGGAUGUAAAACAGAUCAGGAAGAUUCUUGGUUUAUACUGUUUAUUCCUCAUGAUAUAUUUGAAAACGAUCAAUGACACUGUUUUAUUCAGUGAGUAUGAAUACAUGUGGAACAGAAGGUAGAACUUCUAAAUGUGUGAGAAAUGGGGAAGAAAGUUUAAGUAAGUCAAGAGAUUCAAGAGAUUCAAGAGAUUUUAUUUGUCGUAUGCACAGCUUCCACUGACAACGAAAUUAUAUUCCAGUACAACACAAACAAGAUCAGACAUACAACAAGAGGUACACAAAUACAGUUCAAAGUUGACUGAGGUGCAGCAGUGGUCCGCGUGCCUUUAUAAGUGGGGGGUGUAGCUGGUUAACAAUAUUGUGGGGGGGGUCAUUUGGUGACAAAAAAAGUCGCAUCUCAACACUGCGUACAAUGUGUAGAUACAAGAAAAAAAAUAAAUAAAAAAAAAUGAAGACUUUAAAUCAAAGUAUUUAAAAUUUCUGGAAAAAUGUUAGAACUUUGGAAUUAUGAAUUAAGAAGUUACACAGAUUUUAAAUGGAAUUAACAAUAAUUCUGAAAACUCAACAAAGUAAUGGAAAUGAUGCAAGCAAAGUAUUUUCUUCUAGAAAGUAAAAACAAUAAAUGAAGAGUAAAGUUGACUUUUAACUUUUUAAAAAAAAAUCAAAUAGAAAAUUUGCAAUAUGUUGCAAUGUUCUAACCAAAAUGUGUAACUGUUGAGAGUAGCUUUAAAAACAAACUCAAACUGAGUAAUCUGAAGUUGUGAUGUCCACACUGUGUUCAUGAUGACAAACUUCUGACUUCAUUUCUUUUUGCAUUCAGUCAAAUCGUGUUUUGAGUGAGGAAUAACUCAAGAGAUUUUACCCACAAUUCAAAGUGAAGAAGUUUAAAUGUGGAUCUUUUAGGAUGUUUUUCAGUCAAAACCCUAUCAUAAACUGUUGUGAACAUUUGUACUCAAAUUUUUCUUAAAGACUGAUCUUUAAAAAAAAGUUUAGUAAAUAUGUGGUUGAGUUUUACUUUAUAUACUUUAUGGUCAAAAUAUUAAAAGAAAUUCACAAAC